ACGACCGACAGACACAGUUAGCAGCCUAUAAAAUAUUGCCUAUUAAAUAAUAAAUAAUAAUCUAUCGGCAUACGAUUUGAUUAAAUUAAAAUGAGCGAAACGGGCAUAUUGGAUUUGCCAAGAGAGUUGAUCUUUGAAAUAUUUAAGUACGUGAAAAAUAACUGCGAGAGAGAGAAGCCAUUUGAAAAAGACGAUAUCAAGUAUGCCGAUUUUAUGAGUUUGGCUGCUUCCUGCAAGCUCCUUAGGAAUCUAAUCUAUUUAUGGAAGCAUGAUUUUUUUUUCGGGCUUUCAAAUACUUUGCUGCGAGCGAUUGUACACAAUGACAUCGACCUUGAACAUAUUAUAGCCCAAUAUAAGAAGACGUCAGAAAGGGAUAAGGAAGCCCAAUUUAUCUGCAGUGCGACUAACUUCAUCGACCUUGAACGUAUAAGCAUCGUAUUGAAGAACACGCCAGCAAGGGACAAGAAAGCCUACUGGACCUCCUUCAGUCACGUCAGCAAGGGUUGGCCCAAUUUCACUAAAGUCAAAUUGCGCUAUGCUCCCAAAUCAUUCCACAGUGAAUUCAUGGAAGUAUUUCGCACUGUAAUGGAUCAACUCCAAAACAAGCGAAAUCUGAAAGAGUUGGACAUUGAAGUAACGGGCUACACCCUAGAGGGUCUAGGAAGAAUUACGACCCUCGAGAAACUUUGUUUAAAUGUUCGGAUGGAUAUUGAUGAUUUGGUUGAAAUGUGCCGCCUGAAUAAAAACUUGCGCAUUCUGGAGUACACGAAUAAGGAAACAGGAGGAAAGAGGCUGGCCGCGAUAGCUCCGCACUGCAGACAGUUGGAUCAGCUCACCUUCACAAUGUGGUACAAAUGCGAUGCAAGCGAGUAUAGGCCUCUGGCUAAGAUUUCCCGACUGAGGCAAUUAAAAAUCAAAGGCGUGCACGAGAAGGGCACUCUUCAGGCUCUGUUGCAUGGAUUCGCCGACAAUAAAAGAAAAGCCCUCGAAAUAUUAUCCAUAGAGGAUUCACCAAUGGACCAAGGAGAAAUGCAGGCACUGUCUCAGAUCAAAACAUUAAAAUAUGUGAAGUGUAGACCGGCCGAUCCACGGGACAUUGGGCUUUUGUCCCAGCUGCCCAAUCUUGACAUCUUGGAGAUACUCAGGUCAGGUCUCGACUUUGGGACAAUUUCGGAGCAAGUUCUGAGCAUUCUUAUUCAGUCCAAGACGGCAUUGACAAUUUGUCUAGUCAAUGUCAGCAUAACAUUCAAUCCAAAGGGAAAACUUUCAAUUUUGUUGAAAAAGAAGAGUGCGAGUUACUCGGACUACAGUAUACUUUCCACUCUGCCAGGUUUGUCAUCGCUUGCAAUUGACGGACUUUAUACAGAGUGUUCCUUUGAGCCGAUUCUCAAUGGAUUCAUUGAAGCGACCAACUUGACGAAUUUAUCGUUGAUAAAUAUCAAGGCUGAGGAAGUGGCAGCAGUGUCUAUAAUCGUUUCGCAGCUCCCCGUUCUCGAAGGAUUGACUAUCUUGACUGUUUCAACUUUCCAAGGAUGCCUCCAGUGCCUCCUGUCUGCUCUGGCCUCGAGGCCGUCGCAGACGCUACAAAAGCUUCGCUUACUUACAGGUAGGAUCGAUACCGAGGAGGCAAACGAACUGAUCCGUAUAAGUUCUUUGCAAACUUUGGAUUGCCAGUUUGCAUAUGCUCAGGACAUUCAGCUCCUGUCUGGACUAACCGAACUCGAAGACCUGCAUCUGAAAACGAAUGAAAUGUUUAGCAAGAUAUCGCCUUUGAUCCUUAAAAUUAUAAAGUCCUGCAGAAAGUUAGCCAGAAUUGAUAUAUAUAGUGAAUAUAUAUCCUAUCAGAUGAGAGCCGUUCCUGUGGACAUGACAUCUGAGAUCUUUGAUAUUUUGAAGGCUUGUCAGGGUAGAUUUUGUAUACGCAACAAAUACAGUGGAAUAAUGUUCAAUCGGGACGAAAAGGCAUUAGGCUUCUCAAUGGAGUUCUUUACAGAAAAUAACAUUGCGAUAGCACCUUUAGCCCACCUUGAACCUGUACAUCAUAUCAAAAUAGAUGGUCCCCGUCAACCUGGAUCAUUGAGAGAAUACUUUGCCGCCCUAGCGAGGAGAACUCAUCACACUCUGAUAAGUCUGACCAUGGUCUUCGAAAGCCUGGUCGACUUUAGUGAGGCCACGGAAUUGGAGAAGAUUACUUCAUUGAGGACCUUCCAUGGCAAUCUCUCCGAUAAACGACGUUUCCAGCAUUUACAGGAUUUAAGAGAUUUUCAAGAAUAUGAUGUGAGGCUCAUUUGGAGCGAUGCUUUUUUACCAGUUAAACUUUAAACGCGUGUAAAAUCUGUAAAAAAGAAUAAACUCUUCCAAUUUUUUUUUGAA